AUUCGAAACUCUUAUAAUUCGAAACCGAAAUAAAAGUUAGGUCGCAUUUUACACCUCACAAAAACAACUUCUUUGGGCCGCAUUAAAAAUCAUUUCCCCGUAUAAGGCGGAGUUUGAGUUUCAGGUUCACUUUGGUUCGUUAACCUCGUGGAUUGGGCGUAGCGUUCUGCUGGCGGAAACGGAUUGGAUCCUCGCAGUGAUUAAUAACUGAGAAGUGACUCAUCAUUACGUUGCAAAAUUAGAAUUUUAACAGCACAAAUUUCUGACCUGAUGUUCCUUACUUGACCUGAAAGAUCGAGAAAAACCGCGGCGACAAGUUAAUCACAGCUGGAUAUGGAACGCUUGCUGAUCUGCUGGAAGCUAGUCCUGAAGUGAUCUCUGAGAAGACCGCCAUUUCCAUUAUGGUUAUACGUGUAUGGCAGGCAAAACUGCGUGCUUUGGUACACCAUCCUUAUACUUCUGCUCUGGAUCUCUAUCCCAAGGAGUUACACGAUGCCUUUAUCUGCCCCAUUGGACUGCCUUCUCUGGAGAAUAUAUUUAGCCAGUUGCUUCGCCGUUCAGAGAUUAUGGAAAUUUGCGGUGGGCCUUUGUCCGGGAAAACCCAGUUCUGCCUCCACAUUGCACUGAAUGCGGUGCGUACAAGCAGCAGAAAGGUGCUAUACAUUGACACCGUCGGCCAGCUGAGCGCAAGAAGAUUGAAAAAAAUGUGCAAAUCAUUGGGAGAUUUGCCAAAUAGAUUUAUGAAUUUGCUUGAAUGCAUCUAUACCGUACAAAUUGCGGAUAUUUACGGGCUGUUCCAGUUUCUUGAUUUCCUCCCACACUGGAAGGGCUCUUUCCUGGGAGCAGAGGAUGAAUUGUUUAUCUCCGACCAACCUGAUAUUAUCAUUAUUGAUUCUUUGUUCGCUAUUUUGGCUCCGUUUGUGGGAUCGAAAGUUGAUCAAGGCUAUGGUUACAACCUGAUUAAUGAAAUGGCUUUCACCCUUAAAAACAUCGCAUCGGAAAUGGGUGUUCUGGUUAUAUAUACUAAUUUAAUGCCAGCAACUGUUUCCAAAACGGAUCGACAUGCAAACCUGGGCUUGUUUUGGCAGUCAGUACCACACCAUCGCAUAGGAUUGGAGAGUGAUGAUAAAGCAUCCAACGAGAAAUUCGGAAACGGCGAUGUACGCCGGUGCAAGGUGAUCCGAGGAGUUUUGAUGAAAAGUACUACACUGGCUGUUGGAACUGAAAUAGUAUUUCUUAUUACCGAACAAGGGCUUUCUGACAUGCCUGGAGCCGAAGAUGAUUCGGUUGUAAUGGAGCUAUCGCAAGAAGUGUAAAGACUCUGUAAACGAAUGUGGAGAAAAGUGUGGACAAAAGUAACUUAUUUUUAAAAUAACGCUUGACGGCAAUCGGCUUUGAGAGGAACUGCAAGCAUUUCGCUCUUGAUUCUGUGAUACUUGAUGAUAUCGCAUGAAGUAUAUAUAGACUUUCUAAAGGGAUGUGAAAAAGUAGUUUGAAAUAACGUUUAGAGGCAUUCCGGACGCUUUGAGGGGAAAAAAUUAGAAAAAGCACUUUGCUCUUGAUUCUGUGAUACUUCGAUGGUUUGUUGUUUUAUUACGGGUGUGUACAAAAUUUCUUAGAUCCAAUAAAAGAUUGACAGUAGAAG